GGCGGGGAGCCGAGAGUAUGUAACCUGCCUACAAAUUAACACCGCAAUCAUAAACUCUAGCGGCGAGUUUCCUCAUGUUUCUCUCUCGUGUCCUCGAGGUUUGCCUUACUGUCGAUACUUAUCUGGCCGUCUAUUCCUGAUCAUCUUUCCGAGUCAAGCAGCCGUCUACUUCUGCGCUACUUCGACAGCUCACAGAAUACCGAGCCCGGCGAACAAGCCCGCACAGCUCCUUCCCGAAUAACUGGAUCUUCGGCUGCCAGACCGGAGACCCAAGGUGUCAAAUUCAAUGCGAACAUACCAAGAGAUGGAGAAUUCUGCGCCCACGAUGACAGUGGGAUAACUGUGCGAAAUGACACGUUUAUCUGAUGACCGAAAAAGCAAAAGCGGCUUGACGUUUUAAAUCUUACAAACUCGAAGAUGGACAAUUACUUUCCCUAUUUUAUCAGUACGAUAAGAUCGUCAUAGCAGAGUGGGAGUUUAUUCAAAUAUUCCGACAGACACACAGCAUUAUAGGACUAACACAAAGCAACCGAUGUGAAGACUAAUUUAGGAGUCACAGAUUAUACAUUUUGGCCUUUAAUGUUUAUCCAGGGACCGUUCGAGUUCGACUAAUAGGCGACGUGGAUCUCAAUCAAGCCAAGAGGAGCAGCGAAGAACGCAUGCUUUGGGCAUGGUGCCUACGCCCCAGGUGUGCGUAUCAACCCUGGUCACGGUGAGCACCAUGGCAGUGGUCGACCUCUACCUGCUGGAGCAGAGCAUGCUGGGAGCCCGUGGCAAGGCCGGGCCCGGCGUGUGGCCGUGCACCGCUGUGUUGCUAGGUGACCUGGGCUUCCUGCUGGCUCUGCGUUUCGUGUCGGCGGGAGUGGUGUCUGAAGCGCGCUCGCCUCGCCGAGGCUUUGCCAACGCACUCUGGUUCCUCUUCCUGUCCCUGCUCCAGCUCAAACUCUUCUUCGUCUGCCAGAACUACCGGACGGAACGCCGACCGCCCGACCCCCUGGCCAGGAAGACGCUCACCUUGCUGCUGUCGGUCUGCCUGCCCUCCCUGUUCCUCAUCCUGACUGGGGCUGACAACAUGACGCCCCUGCGGAGGAAGCAGGAAGUGCGGGGGAGGCUGCUCUGGGUGGUGGUGGACCUGCUGGAUGUUCUGGACCUGCAGGCCGGGCUGUGGGAAGCCCACACAGGGGCCACUGACCUGGGGGUGCCCCUGUGGGCCGAAGGCCUCGUGUUCUUCUAUUGCUACGCCCUGCUGCUGCUGCUGCCCUGCGUGGCCCUCACAGAGCUGGGGGCCGCUGCCCUGCCGGGACAGAGGGGGCCCCGUAAGGAGGCCCUGUACCCCUGGCUUAGCCUGGUCACCAUCAACGUGUUCACAAUGGCCCUCAGGGGCACAGGCAUGCUGUGGUACAGGGACCCCCGGGUCUCUACAGUGUUCCUGGGGAAGAACCUACUGGCCCUGGCUGUGAAGCUGAGCUCUGCCUGGGAGAGGCACAAGCAAGGUGGGAGCAGGGGGACAGGGAUGGGGGCCGGGGCGGGAGUAGAGUCAAGUAUGGACUCCACCCUGGCAACCCAGAGCUCAGAGCAGACAGAAGUCCAAGCCCAAGGCAAAACCACCCCCAGGCCGCCCUCUCGCAACCACACAAUGUCCCGCUCCCACAGCCACUCCGUGUCACACGUCAGUCUGGAUCCCACAGAGACCUCUCUGGGCCCUUCCUUCAUCUCCCAUGAACUCUAGAAACUGUCCAGACUGAGACAGCUUAACAGCUGAAGCCAAGCUAUCGGAACUCCCCAGUCAGGGAAGCAUUUAGCACUGAAGAGUGAAGACCGUUGGCCUCACACAGACGAACAAACUAAAAACAACACGUACACCCCAUGCUCUGUGAACCAGCCAAGGCAAACACAUCAGUAACUCAUUCAAUUAGCUCACUUUGGUUAAAGGGAUGAUUUAUCCACCCCUGGGUCCUGACAGCCUGUAGUAUUUGGUUAUCUGAGGGAGAGAGAAGGCUCAGGGCUGGGGCGGAGUGAGAGAUGUACAGCGAAGAAGUGCCUCGCUUUUCAAGGAGCUACAAUCCUCAGUACUGGUUCCACUCAGACAUUACCAUGGUGUGAGUCAGUGUGUGUACUGUGAAAGCUCUUCCACAGCUCUCAUCAGCUACACCUCCAGGACAGCUUCUAAACUGUAAUAAAGUGUUUCAUACUCACAGGCUCGGACACUUCAUUGGCCAUGUGCGGGAGGGUAUUGGCAGGCUGUCACCACAACAUUGGAGAAGACAGGAUCAGAGGCUGACCAUUCACAGUUAGAGGGCCUCAGGGAUAUACUAGAUGUCACUAACUUUCAAAACAUCCACUGCAUCAAAGCAAAUGUGUUUACCCUUUACAUAUUCAGUGAAAACUUCAGCAUUUCUUUGUUGAAGAUACGGGCCGAUGUUAUAGAUCGGGAGCUGCUGGGGUGAAGCCCGCCACACAUCUGAGGCAGGCGGUGCAAUGUGUGAAGAGAGAGUGACAGACAGCGGAACAGCUAUCAUUUAUCACAAUUAGACUAGCAGCACCUGCCUGAUAGGCGUGCAGUGAUCCUUCAGCCAGCCGUCUGGCUGCUGGUCCGGCUUCACUGUCGAAACCUUAAAGCCUGCAGAUGUGCUAAAGUUUGUGUGUGUGUGUGUGUGUGUGUGUGUG